UCUCACAAUCUCACCUUAACUUCAGAAUAAAGAACCUUCAGAGCUCUUCCCUCAAGAGAAACCCUAGCCUCCUCCACCGCCGCCACCGUUCUUCUCACUAUCGCCGUCCGUCGCACUCAAGAUCUUCGUCUGUUUGUCGUGCUCCAGCCCCUCUCAUCAUUCGCCAAUCGCCAGCUUCUUCGUCAUCGUCGUGCUCCAACCCCUCAUCCUGCUCAGUCGCGCUUCGCCUGCCAUCCCUCGUCGUGCUCGUCGCCUGGUCGCCGUCGUCCGUCACACCGCAAUCGGGUUUAAUUUUGAAACUUUCCAACAUAACAACAUUAAAUUUCAAGUUUGGGAUUUAGAACCUUGCUCCAAUUAAGUUUGCGUGUCUACUCUGGCAGAAAAGAGAAAAGAGAAAAGAGAAAAGAAGAGAAAACCUCUAACCCUAUUCGUCUUCGUCACUGUUUCAACGCCCAAUCCCACCGCAUAUCCUGGUGUGUUGAGUGUGUGCAAUCAAAUGGUUUACAUAACAUCAUGGGACGAGUUUGUUGAACGAUCUGUUCAGCUCUUCCGUGCUGAUCCUGACUCUACGCGGUAUGUCAUGAAGUACAGGCACUGUGAUGGCAAAUUGGUACUCAAGGUCACAGAUAAUCGGGAGUGUCUGAAGUAUAAGACUGAUCAAGCACAAGAGGCCAAGAAAAUGGAAAAACUGAACAAUAUAUUCUUUACUUUGAUGGCCCGGGGACCAGAAGUGGAUUUAUCAGAAGUCACUGGCAAAGAACAAACGGAUGCACAACCGACCAAAAGAGGAAGAGGAAGGAAACAAUAGCUCAUGUAUGUGGCAAUGAAAAUAGUGUUGAUGAAUUUUUUGAAAUAAAAAUUGUUGUAGCAUUUUUACCCUUUUCCAGACAGAUACAGCAAUACUUUGUCACUUCAACCGAAUUUUGUCUUCUAGGUUCUUUUUCACUCAACUAUUAAACUAUUUAUGGUUUCACUAAAAAUCAUUUCAAUGCACUGGAAAAAUCCGUAUCACCUUUACCA